AUGAAAAUACUAUUCCUAAAAUAUUUUAUACAUAGCAUAAUAAAAUCCAAAAAGGGAAAAAAGGAAAAAUAUAUAUAUAGAAGCCCGCAGAAGAAGGACACUUUUCCUUCAUAUAAGGAUUACUAUGAGAAAUUCGAAAGCGGAAAGGACAAAUCCGGAAACUGUAUACAGGAGUGCACUGAUAAUAUGAACAAACUCGGAACAUUAGAGAGCAAAGUAGGACAUCAUUCUGGAAAAGUUAAAGGAGCAGUAUGCUGCGCGAACAAAAUGUAUACGGAAAAGGGCAAGACCCCAUCCAACAGUGAACCCUAUCAUUUCUUAUAUUAUUGGAUAGGAGAUCUAUUAUCUAAGAGUAAUAAGCUGAGUAAUGUUUUCCAUAGUGACAUAAAUAAUAUUUGCAUGGCUAUAAAGAAUUACUGUGGGAAUAAUCAUGUAUGUGUAAUUCCCUGUGAUUAUCCUACAAAAGCUAUUUUCAAUAGUCAAAAAACAAUAUUCGACAAUUCUUAUGAUUAUAGUACUAUAAAAGAGAAGGUACUGGAGGAUGGGGGUAACUGUGAAGGAGAAUGGUCCAAAUAUCGGCAAAAAGUUUCUGAAGCAUGUACUACUGUGAGACAAUAUUGCGCAGGAGAAGGGAACGGUGAAAAACAUGAAUAUUGUAAAGAAUUCAAAGGAAAGUACAUGGAUCAUUGUAAUAUGGUAAACCUGUUAGAAUUGAACUGUGAAUUAAAAUCUUUACGGGAAAGUAUGGCGCACGCAGCGCAGGCAGCACAAACAGAAGCAUCUUCUAUAGCAAACGAUGCCGUAAGUAAAGCCACCACGACUGCUUCCCUUACUUCCUCAAUGGUGGCCGUGGGACUACAAACAAUCCUUCUCCUUCUAUAUAAGUAUAAACCAUGGUCUUCGUGGUUUGGUAACCACUCAAGUGGAAAAAGAAAGAGAAGAUCAUCCGGGCGUGACAUUGCUGCGUUCGCAGAAGACAGCUCAACAUAUGAUUCGGCCAGUGAAUCAAUAGUAGGUGACUCAGCAGCCGACAGUUCCACGAUACGCUCUACUGCAUACACAAGACAGCCUAACAGGGGAGAAAGAGGAGAAAAUAAUACUGCAGGUCACCGGAACAGUAUAGGAUAUGGGAGCAUGUAA